AAUGAUUAGCAACAUCUAAGUGGGUAAUGUCCGUAUGAUCAUAAAAUUAUUAUCAUUUUCACAAAUAAAAUUUAUCUCUAUCUUUUUCCCUUAUUUUUAAGUGAUUCUUGACAAAGAUCAAUAAAAUGCUUUGGUGUACGACAAAUAUAUGAUCAAUGACCUUUGCUUCCACAACGCAUAUGUUUUUCAUAUUUUUACCACUUUGGAUACUUUUAUCCUUUUCAAUUUUCUCACUAUUUUUUCACUUCUGGUGUGAAAAAUGUAUAUUUCUGAUUAUCGCAACGACCAUAUCGAUAACCAUUAUCACGAUAGUAAGUUUGUGUAUAAUUACAAUAGUCACAAGUUGUUACAUUUAAUUCUGGGAAUGGAACAAUGCCAAUUAGGCGAGAUUCAUGACUUUUAUCAAAACCUUUUUAUUCAGCCACAAGAAAACAAGAAUAAAUUUAGAAUAUUUUUGAAUCAUUUUUCACGAUAUUGCUACUGCAGGAACACGUACGUGAAAAGUUGAGAAUGUUUUUCUUCUAACGUAUACUCAUCAAAAAUUUUUUUUCCACCCAAUUUUAAUUGAGAUUACAGUAAAUAAAUAAUGAUAUAUUUCUAUAAGAAAAAUAAAAAUAAAAUAAUAUCUUACCUUUAUUCAACAAUGUUCCUUUCUUGAAAAGUGUGUACUAGAGUCUUGUGCUAAUAACGUGUUAUAAAAUGAACGUAAAAUUAUAAGGAAGAAUAGAGAGAAGAAUAUAGAGAGGAAGAGAGAAUCUCAAUUUCAUUUCACCUAUUCUCAAUACAAAUGAGACACCUAUUUAUAGGCCUAAAAUUAUAACUGAAGAAUCGUAUUUCUUUGAAUGAGAAUUAAACAAAACAAUUACAAAAUCGUAAAUUACAAAGAAUAAGGAGGAGUUAUGAAUAUAGACAUUCACUCAUAUAAUAAUUCAAAACACAUACUUUGUUGAUAGAGUUUUAAAAUUUUAAUUAGUUUGUUGUUUAUCAAAUUGAAGGUCUUGAAAUACAUACGGUAUAUAUUAGUUUAUAAUUUAACUUGUCGGAAUUCUUUAACAUAUAUAGAUGCUGGCUUUUGAACUCCAUAUAUUCUUAAAAUUCAUAAACAGCUUUUAAUCAGCACUCUCAAAUUUCUUUUUUGCACCAAGCUCGCUCGUUUUAUGAAUAGAGACUUUUACUAUGGUCAACAGAUCGAAGAUCUACCUAGAGACUUAGUAUUCUUGCACGAUUUAACAAGUACAUGAAAAUCAAAAGACAAUUAUCUAAUUCAAACCAUAUAAAAGUUGAUAUUCAUCUAAUUGGUUCACUAUUGAAGAAGUUUGAUUUGCUGGCACAUGGGGAGAAGAAGAUGAUCGUCAUACAUUUAUUGGUAACUUAAAAUUAACAAUCUAAAAUAUAAAAAAAUAGAUAAAAUGCAUAAUUAUGUAAACUAUAAUUAUUUUACCUGAUUUCCCUUAACAAUUGCAAGAAGAAUACAAAUUCUUCUUUAAGACAUCAACAUAGAUAACAAAUGCAUCAUCAAUUUCUGCAACGUGUGUAUGUAGUGAAUCAACUUGUGCCAUUACUUUUCAAGAAAUGAGUUUUUAUUUAACACAAUUUGGAAUGCGUAAUCUUUGAUUGCAUGCAAAUGAAUUAUGAUGUCUAUUUUUAUUAUGAAAAAUAAAAUAAAAUUAAACACCCAAGUCAAAGAAUCAAAUUGAAUAUCUAUUUAUUUAUAUGUUUUAAAGGUGCUGCAAAAGUUGUAUGUCGGACGUAUCAAACACUUCAAUCUCAAUCUUGACUAUUUAAUAUAUUGAAAUGCUGAUAGAAAUUUGGGAUCCUCAAAAGUUGCCAUGUAACAAAAGUACCAAGCGAGUAUUUUACCUUGACCAAUAACGAUUUGGUCUCUAACCUUUUUAUGACUACAAAUGUGUUCUUAAUUUACAAAGAUGUUAAAUAUUAUUUUCUAUUAAUUAUCCUUUUUUCGAAGAACAAUUUUUAAUCAGGACUCUCAAAUUUCUUUUUCCACCAACCUCGCUCAUUUUAUGAACAGAGAAUUUUACUGUGGUCAAUAGAUCGAAGAUUUAUCCAGAUACUUUUCUUCCACAAAUCAAGAUAGCCCCAUUUUUUGGUUUUCACUUUCACUUCCUCCGUAAUGAAUCAGAGCAAUCCCUACAUCAUAAAGAUGUGUUAAUAUUAAUUAUUAGGACCAAUUUUAACAAUACUCAUUAUAUCAUCAAUCAUACAAAAUACCCUGUAAUAUAAUCGAGCAAUUAGCUUAAAAGUUGGUCAUCUACGUAUAUUUUUAUUUAUUUAUUUUUUCAGACUAACGGUGCAAAUUUCUACUGCAAUAGUAAAAUUUACCAACUUCAAUCUUGACGCGUUUAGAAUUUAUAAAUAGUUAGGAAAAAUUGAUCAAAAGAGAAACAUUCUAAAGUAAGUAUAUGAAAGGUUUGGAAAACAAAUAACUACUUUUUCUUUGACAAAAAUACAUGCAUAUCUAAUUAAUUUUUGAAACUUUUGAGUUCAUAAAUUCAGAACACAUUUGUAAAUAAAAUCUUCAAACCUCGAUGAAGUUAUGAACAAUGAAAAUAACAUUAUUAAUUUACUAAGUAGGAGAAUCGCUGAAAAGAAGGAAGGCAGGGAGUCAACUUUUGAAGUCAACUGGCAUAAUCGUGGAAGAGAAGUGCAAAUGGUUCCCUUCAAAGUCAAAACUGUCGGCUCUCAGUUUCUCUGUUCCUGAAUUCAAAAUUUUCUUGCUUGAUGAACAGUACUCAUGCUCAUCCAAAUUCAGAGAUGGCUAAUACAGCCAAAGGUAUGGAGAUUUGUGUGUUUUGUUUCAUGUGUUGUUGGAUUCAUCUGUUAUGGUCUCAGCUUACCUUUCAAUAAAUUAUUGGGAAAGUGGGCUUUGUGGAAGAUAUUACUUUAUGUUGCUCUUAGUUUUAUAAUUUGCAUUGCUAUCUUGUUUGGUAAGGCAUGGCAACACUCCACCCCUCCACAGUUUGAAGCUCACAUGGCAUUUAUUGUUUUGAUCAGCACUGGUCUAUACUCCUUUUACAUGGACAAACUGGGAAACAAACAAUCAGAUUCAUAUAGCUUGAUUUCAUAUGCUUCAUUUUCUAUCAUGUCUUUAGGCUUGUCAAGACUGAGUCACUUCGGAUUUGAGGUUGAUCUCCUAUAUUUUUUCAGUGGAAUUUUCACAGUACAACUCAUGAAAAUAAAACUAUGGUUAGGAAUUGUUGGAGGGGGUUUCAGUUAUUCCCUCAUCAUUCUUCGUUCCUCUUUGGAUAAUCUAAUAAGAAAUGGAUAUCAUGAACUGCCAGAAGAACCUCAAGUAGACAUCGAAAUUGGUUUACCUUCACCAGUUACUAGUCAUAGUGCUUCUCAAGGGGGUUCUACUUCUCCCCAAGCCAUUAAUAGUACUUUUAAUGUUGAUCCACAAGAAGCACAUGCCCCUCUAGAAAAUGAGGAUGUAGGAUUACUUGCCAACCCCGUUGAUUCACAUUCACAACAAGGUAACAGUGAUAGUGAUAGAGGUUGUUGUUGUUAACAUAAAAUAAGAGUAGAAGGAUAAAAAUGUUUUGCGGAGAAUACUUCGAUAUUAUUCACUUGCUCGUUUUAAAUAGAGAUAGAGUCAAACAUACAAAAUAAAAUAUCCCUUAUUUUUAGGCACGACUAACAAUAAUUCAAUCUGAUAAACAGAAACAAAAACUCCUAAUGACUAGGUCUUAAAUAACAGAAAAUUAAAAUUUAAAAAUUGGAUAAAACAGCCACGUGUGCAGUUGUUGCAGGCAUAUUUUCAACAAAUCUCCUCCUUGCCUCAAUAACUGCAAACACCUAAUUUGUUUCUCAAAGCUUCAAAUCUAGAUUUUGGAAGGGCUUUUGUUAAAACAUCUGCACUUUGAUCUUCAGUUCUGCAAUAAAGAAGUUUGACUUCACCUUCUCUUUGUACUUCUCUUAAGAAAAAUAGCUUAAUCUUAAAAUGCUUAGUCUUGCAAUGAAAAACAGGAUUAUUUGAAAUAGAAAUAGCUGCUUGAUUAUCAACAAAAAUCUGUGUUGGCUCUUUUUGCUCCAUAUGUAGAUCAACAAGUAUAUGCCUUAGCCAAAUAGCUUGAUUCACAGCUGCAGUGGCUGCCACAUAUUCUGCCUCAGCUGUGCUUUGAGCCACUAUAUCUUGUUUUUUGGAACUCCAUGAAAACAUACCCGAACCAAAGCUGAAACAGUAACCUGUUGUACUUUUCAUGUCAUCAUUUGAACCAGCCCAAUCACUAUCAGAAUAUCCUUGAAACUGAAAAUUUUGAGAGUGAGUGAACUUGAUGCCAUAAUUUAUAGUUCCCUUGACAUAUCUCACAAUCCGUUUGGCAGCUUGAAGAUGGACCUCACUAGCACAAUGCAUAAAUCUUGAAAGGACACUUACUGCAAACAUGAUAUCAGGUCUAGUUGCACUAAGAUACAUUAGGCAACCAAUUAUACUUCUAUAAUGAUAUUCAUCUACCUUAUCGGCUCCAUCAUCUUUGCUGAAUUUUUCUUUCUGGUUCAUUGGUGUAUCAAUGCUUUUGCAGUCCUCCAUGCAGAACUUCUUCAGUAUUUCUUUUGCAUAUUUUUUUUGACAUAGAAAAACUCCAUCUUUUUCUUGCUUCACC